AGUUGCAGUUCACUCCUUCUCUUCUAGCUUAGAUAGGUUUUGAGAGAGUGAGUUAUGUUGAAGAUGGAGGGUGGUUCGUGGUUACUGUAUGCUGGUGGUGCUCUUUUAGCCCUAAGGUUCAUCCUCAAGAAUGUAAACUGGUUGCUCUAUGAAUACAAGCUGGGUGGGAAGCAAUACUUUCUUCCUCCUGGUGAUAUGGGGUGGCCCAUAAUCGGCAACAUGUGGUCUUUCCUCUCUGCUUUCAAAACCACUAAUCCUGAUACUUUCAUAGACUCCUUUUAUUCCAAGUAUGGAAAGACUGGGAUAUACAAGGUGUUGAUGUUUGGAAAACCAAGUGUAAUCGUGACAACCCCAGAAACAUGCAAAAAGGUGUUGACAGAUGAUGACAACUUCGAACCUGGAUGGCCUCGUUCCACGGUAGAGCUUAUGGGAGAAAAAUCUUUCAUUUCAAUACCCUAUGAUGAACACAGACGCCUUAGGCGUCUAACAUCUGCUUCCAUCAAUGGUUAUGAAGCUCUCUCUGUUUACAUUACAUUUAUUGAAGAAGUUGUCAAAGGUUCACUGGAGAAAUGGACUACCAUGGGAAACAUUGAGUUUUUGACUGAGAUGCGCAGGCUUACUUUCAAAGUCAUUAUACACAUUUUUCUAGGUGCAGAAAGUGACUUAGUAAUGGAGAGUUUGGAAAAAGAAUACACCAAACUCAACUAUGGAGUUAGAGCCAUGAGAAUUAACAUUCCUGGAUUUGCCUUCCAUACAGCUCUCAAGGCAAGGAAUAAUCUUGUGGCCAUAUUUCAAUCUGUUGUGGAUAAAAGAAGAAGUGAAAGGAGGGAAAGAUUACCUGGCAAAAAGCCCAAAGAUAUGAUGGAUGCUCUGAUUGAUGCUGAAGAUGAAAAUGGAAAAAAAUUGGGUGACCAAGAUGUGAUUGAUAUCAUGUUGAUGUACUUGAAUGCUGGUCAUGAAUCCUCUGGACAUAUUACUACAUGGGCAACCUAUUUCCUCCAAAGGCACCCAGAAUAUUUCAAGAAGGCUAAGGAAGAACAAGAAGAAAUUUUAAGGAAAAGGCCUCCAACACAGAAAGGGUUGACACUUGCAGAAGUUCGGAAGAUGGAAUAUCUAUCCAAGGUGGUUGAUGAAACAAUGCGGAUAAUCACAUUCUCACUAAUGGUCUUUCGGGUUACCAAAAAUGAUGUCAAUAUCAAUGGUUACCUGGUUCCAAAAGGUUGGAAAGUAAUGACGUGGUUUAGGUCUGUUCACCUUGAUCCCACUAUAUAUCCUAAUCCUAAGGAAUUUGAUCCUGAGAGAUUUAGUGAGGUGCGCAAGGCUGGAGAAUUUCUUCCCUUUGGAGCAGGAACUAGACUUUGUCCUGGGAAUGAUCUUGCCAAGCUGGAAAUCUCAGUUUUCCUUCAUCAUUUUCUGCUGGGCUACCAGCUUGAACAGGUUAAUCCACUUGCUCCCAUGAAAUUCCUUCCUCACACAAGGCCCAUUGACAACUGCCUGGCAAGGAUCAAGAAAGUGAAGUAAAUUUGGUGUGCAAGAUCCUUUGCAUGGAAGAGUGGAAGCAUGUGACAAUGGCUCUUCUUCAUAAGAAGCUAUAUAUCUGCAAGCUUCCCUUCAAAUAAAAGCAGGGAUCUAGAUAGUCUGUCAAGCAUUUGUCUUUUGUUGCUGUCUUUUCAGUUUUAUCCAACUGUUUGAAUAAACUAAGUUUUAUAUAAAUCUAUGUUCCAUUUGCUAUUAGCUA